AUCAUUGUUUAGGUAGCCUACAUUAAACCACGUUAACCUUUUUCAUCGCCAUAGGCGCCAACGAGGAAUAAACGUUAAUGUGAGAUAACUGAUAAUCGUUGGAUUUCGGUUUAGUUUUUUUGACAGGCUUAAGUGUUCAUGACUAGAUAUGGCCAUGAGAGAUUUGGUGAUCGUUGUUGAGGUAGCCUACAUCGCACAGAAUGUCAGACAGUGUUGUAAGAGGAGGAGCGAUCAGCAGAACAACAGCUGGGUCUGUGCUGCGAUAGAGGGAGGUUAGGGAGGUUUUUGUCGAUUUGUUGGCAUCUGUCGCUCAAGAAUUAUGUGUUAUGAACUUUAUUUAUUUUAACUAAUGGAGCUCGAGGUUUUCAAAAAAAAAAGUGGUGUGUACAAAAUGAGUCAUGACGAAUAUAUAUAUAUAUAUAGGUACGCAUCCGCCUAUGCCGCUGUUUUGCGGUAGUUAACGUUGCUAACCUGUAUCACCAUCAAAGACUAACUAUAGUUGUGAAAUUAAUAAAACUCUGGCCUGCUGAUAAAAUAGUUUUGGGCAUUCAUCUUUAAAUUAACCCGCACAGCGCAUCACAGUAGCCUGCUUUAGAUUCUCCUUCAGAUUCAGUUUUCCGCCUGUAACCAGAGCUGUAGUCCCGCCCCUCUGGUGCAAAUCCACCCAGACUGCCAGCCAACCCCUCCCACUGGGUUGUAUAACAGGAUAUAGUGCACUCAUUGACAUAUAGGUGCUAGUUCCUUAGAUGGCAGCAAUGCAACUUUUUGGAUGCCGGCUGCCGUAAAACCCCAAAGAAGAAGAGUAACCUACCAAGUACACUCCCGCACAGUAGGUGGCGGUAUGCACCUGAACGUUAUUUGCAAUCCGCCAUUAAAGAAGAAGAACCUACCCCUCCCUUGUGCAGCCGGUCUAGUGCAGCGCUGUAAAAGUCCUUCUCCGUCCAUAUACAGCCAGCCCCUUCCUGGUGAACUGUCGGUGGUAAUUAAAGAACCAUCACAGCCGAUCAGAGCCACCUCUGCUCCCUAUAGUCGUAGCGUCGAGGAAAUACUCUAAACAUAUAUAUUAGUAUAUUAUACUGUCAGAGAGAACCGUGUCGGGAUACAGAGACUGCAGCAGAUCGCCUCUCUCUCAGCUCUCAUGGCUCCAUUUCUGCUGCUGUUGUUCCUUCUGUCUGAAGCAGCUUCUGGAGAGCUUGUGGUACCAGUGAACCCUGGAGAUGAUGUCAUUCUGCCAUGUCAGGCUGCUGGUUCCUCCAUCAGAGUUGUGGAGUGGACCAGACCUGACCUGAAGCCAGAUACCGUCCUCUAUUACAGAGGUGGACACUUGACUCCAGACGACCAGCAUCCAUCCUUUAAGGACAGGGUGGAGCUGGUGGACAGAGAUCUGAAGGACGGAGACGUGUCUUUAAUUCUGAAGAAUGUGAGCAGACACGACGCUGGAACAUACAAGUGUCGAGUUAAAUCUGGUGUUACUAACCAAAUCAGACUCAUCAGGACCAUCCGUCUGCAGGUUCCAGACGAGAUUGUGGUACCAGUGCCUGGAGAUGAUGUCAUUCUACCAUGUCAGGCUAAUGAUUACAACAUCAGAGUUGUAGAGUGGACCAGAGCUGACCUGGAGCCAGAUACCGUCCUCUUAUACAGAGAUGGAAACCUGGAGACAUACUACCAGCAUCCAUCCUUUAAGAACAGGGUGGAGCUGGUGGACAGAGAUCUGAAGGACGGAGACGUGUCUUUAACUCUGAAGAAUGUGAGCAGACACGACGCUGGAACAUACAAGUGUCGAGUUAAAUCUGGUGUUACUAACCAAAUCAGACUCAUCAGCACCAUCCGUCUGCAGGUUCCAGACCUGGUUGUGUUACCAGUGCCUGGAGAUGAUGUCAUUCUACCAUGUCAGGCUAAUGAUUACAACAUCAGUGAUGUAGAGUGGAGCAGAGGAGACUUGGAGCCAGAUACCGUCCUCUUGUACAGAGAUGGACACCUGGAUCCAGACUACCAGAAUCCAUCCUUUAAGGACAGGGUGGAGCUGGUGGACAGAGAUCUGAAGGACGGAGACGCGUCUUUAACUCUGAAGAAUGUGAGGAGCAUCGACAAGGGGACAUACGAGUGUCGAGUUAAACCAGCUGAUUCAAGACGGGAAAGAAGAGCCAUCAUCAACUCUGAGCCAAUCAGAAUCAUCCGUCUGCAGGUUACAGGUCCUGAGGAUAGAAACUCCUCUCCUGUAGGCCGAUACCGUGGACUGGCAGCAGGUGUUCUGGUUCUUGUAGCUGUUGUUGCAGUGGUUGGUGUCCUGAUGUAUAAAAGACAUAAGAACAAGAGAUCAGGACAACCUGCUGAUGAAGCCUCAGCCGAUAAGUUCAUCUGACAUCUCCCAGAGCUCUUUACACCUGACAGCUUUCUCAUGUGCUGUAUAUACAACAUGAUUUUUACUUCUGUGGGUGGGAGGUCAUGUGCAGAUCUGCUGUUUGGUCCGUUUGCCCCCCCAUCAUGGUGGAGGGGUCUGUGUAUCUGAGUCUGUAUCAUCUGGAGCUCUGAGCUCCUCUAGGGUCUCCUAUGGUGUAGGGCUGCACGAUACUUUCUUUCAUCGUCUACAUCGAUGUUGACGCCAACACUUUUUUGCUGCUUGCUAGAAAAGUAAACUUUCACCGUUCUCCUUUUACAUGAUCGUUACCGGCCGAGCCUUCCCCUCUAAGACAGGUGGUCAUGUGACGUAACGGGAGGUGAGGCUCUCCGUGGGUAGAAAACUACCGUAAGCGGUAGCUGCCACAGACACAGUGAUGCUAAUACUUUUCCAUGGGGAGCCAGUGUUUUAUGUUCGCUGCAAAGACAAACUAAAUCACCUGAUUAAGGCAACGUUAUCCUGACUUCUCCCGGCCAUUUUUCACCGCAGAAAGCUGCUACCAGCCAGGCUAAAGCUAACAUAGUUAGCCUAAAGAAACUUGUCCCAACUAAUGUUACAGUUCGGAGCCGCGAAGAUAAAAACGUAACGCCAAUCUCCAACAGCAGUCUGUUUCUGAUAUAACAUAAUUUACACUGAUUGAAGUGCUCCUGGAUACACAGUUUGGUGCUGUAUGAGUGACUUACAGGCUCCAACCAACCACCAAUCAUGAUCAAUUUUAAUCAAUUUAUCUAACAACCAAGGCUAGGCCAAGGUAGUCGACCACAACCUGAAAUCUAGAGGAAGCAACAUGCAUGCAUUAUUACUAUCAUUGACUUUAGCCUGGAUUGAUAUUAUUAUAUGAAUACAAUGCUGUCAUGUCAGUCAACCAGUGUAUUUCUUCCUAAUCUCCCUCUCCAAAAUCACUUCAGAAGAGUAAUCACAGCGUUGCUUUGGUGUUUGUAAAGCAUUAAAGUUCAUCAAAGACUGGUUCACAUAAGAAAAUUUCCAUUUUAAUUUUUGUAAAUGCACUCCCCUACAAAAUCACCCCAGUAGUUGAGAAUUAUUUAGUAUUUCUAAAUAGGGCUAUUUAUGUCCUCUUGUAUAAAUUAUAUUGCAUAUAUAUAUCGCAGGAAAAAAAACGCAAUGUAAUGUUUGUUUUUUUACCGUGGUAUCGAAAUCGGCAUCGAGAAUCGUGUUAUUUUACUGGUAUUGGCACCGACUACUGAAUUUUUGGUAUUGUGACACCCCUAAAGUGAAUCUAACAAUAACAUACUCAACGCUGAGCUGUAUCCCAGCCAGCUUUUAACAGGAAAUAAUGUUUCUUUAGUUGUAAAUAUCAGCAGACGGAGCACCCACCAGAUAUCUUCUAAUCAGGUGUAGAGAGAUCUUCAACAUGUCUUCUGUUUGGGUGUUUUGGUAAUAAUACAUUUUAUAUGAAGGGAAUUUUAAAUGAUUGUUUUCUGCUCGGCCAUAUAAAGCCUCAGGGUGCCUUCUAAGAAUGUUAUAUUUCCAGCUAAUGAUAAAAUAUCAACUGACAUUGAAUAUUUUAAACUGAGGAGUUGAUGACAUUGUGAAUAUUGUUGUUAUUGUAAUUAUAAAAUCAUCUGAUGCAGCUCAGAAUAUCUCGGGGGGACAUAGAGGACGAGUCUGUCUCUAAAUAAGACCUUAAACUGGAUUUAUUGUCUAUGAAGUAGAAUUACAUGAUGUUGAACUAUACAAAAGUGAUGAUCUGUGAAAGCAGUUGAUAAUUAUUUAAUAUGAAUCAAUGGAUAAAAUAAUAAUAAUCAGAGAUAUGAUGGAAGUUGAUAACUCAGUUUUAAUAUUCAGAUACAUUAAUGCGCUUUACACUGUUUUACUCUAUAAAUACUUUUAUAUUUGUAUUCAGAGUUGUUACUAAUAUAUAUUCAUUGUUGUGCACUUUUCUUACUUUGAACAUAAAUAAAGCCGCUCCAAAUAUCCAACCUCA